AUGUACUCCAACGUAACGGUCAAAGACACACAUAGACGUGUCGUGCAUGGCAAGCGGCAGAAGCCACUGCGCUCUGAUGAGAAACGGUUGCCAACUUGUGACAUGGCAUCUGUGAGACGAAAACACGCGCAAUGUUGCUUUAGGGACGCUGUGCAACGACAGACGUCGAUACGGCGAGUUUCAACGUCUCGCUUCCUGGAGGUGGAGACACCAGCCUCCACAGUGAACCUCUUAGUACCUAGAAGAGGUAUUCUCUUUAUCCUUAUUAUUCUCUAUGCUUAUCUACUAGUAUAUAAGCUUUGUAAGAAGCUCCUUAAUAUUCUUAUAAUUAUAAGGAGAAAGGAACUAAGGACUAUAAUAUAUAUUAUAUCUAAGUAUAGAUAUAAGUAUAUUUAUAAACUUAGGAGAAAGCUUAUAGCUACUAUUAGUGUUAUAGAUUAA